AUGCCCCAAGACGUCUACGUCCGAUUUGCGAAUGGCCUUGGCGACGGCCAACAGCUCAACAUCACCGUGUACUACCAAAUGAAUGGCUCUGAUACAGUCUACCAGAAGUCUAUCUCCCUGAACGGGCCCGGCUACGAAGUAGUGCACCUGAACUACAUUCAGAGGGUAGUCAUGGGAGGCUUGACGGCCAAUGUGGGUUUGAACUCAUCUGCAUUUGAUGGGCAGCCGGAUGCAGCAUACUUCACCACUAGAAUGUCUGAUGCUUCGGAUGGGCGCCACUAUCGCUUGCAAUGGGAGAGUGGUGGAGUCUCUCGAGAGACAUGGUACUAUCAGUAG